AAUUUGGAUCAAGACGCCGGCACAUAAUCGGCUACUCUUGCACUUAUUUGUGUCACGGGACCUUGAACGUUUGCCGCGAAGAAAACGGCACGUGCGUCCACGUCGCGUUCGCAUCAUAGAUACACACUGCAGCAUUAUCCAGGGCGGCCGCUGGAGUCUAACCGCGAACCUCUUCUUGCAACGAUCGGCGAACGUGCGGCCACGCCGUCAGGUUGCCUUGGCAGCAAUCCACUGGCCCACGACGCAUGAAUGUGUGCGUCGCGUUGUACGUGAUGAAGGCGUUACUGAUAUAUCUGUGCGUUUGUGUGUCCGCGCGUGACUAGCAGCAAUGGAUGAACCUGUCGUCAUCGCAGAGGCAGGGAUGCACUUCACGCCUGCCGCAAUGGAUGAACCUGUCGUCAUUGCAGAGGCAGGGAUGCACUACACGCCUACCGAUAUCCUCUGGAAAUUCGGAAGUAGAAUGACACCGUUUGAGCAUGAUGAACUCACACGCUACAAGCGCAUCUAUUAUUUCAAGAUCCGUCAGCCAUCACAGAGUUCUUUCAACGAUGUCCAUGAUUUCACAAGUCACCACUACAAUUUGGUCCAGGAUGAGCAUCUGGCAUAUAGGUACCAGUUCCUGAGUGUGCUCGGAGCGGGAGCAUAUGGCCAGGUGAUCCGAUGCCUGGAUCACAAACAUAAGCGGGAAGUAGCUGUGAAAAUGCUGCAGCACGAAUCAUACGCCAAGCCAUACCAUUCCAAAAGGGAGGUGCAGAUGCUUAAAGCGUUGCAGUCGAAAGAGAAAAACAACAACUACGUCAUCAAACUCCUCAACACCUUCACCUUCAGGGGCCAUUUCAGUCUGGUCCUUGAGCUUUUGACGGGAGACCUCAGACAGCAACUCAAGUUGGCUCCCACGGCCUUUACCCUGCCCGAGGCCAAGGUGUACGUGAGGUCCAUUCUGAAGGCCCUGCAGAAACUCAAGAAUAAAAAAAUCAUUCACGGAGACCUGAAGCCGGAAAACAUCCUCAUCAAGGACCAAGACACCAGCGAUGUCAGACUCGCAGAUUUUGGUCUCAGCUUUCAAGAGUGUCCCAAUUUCUUCAAGAGGUUUGGCACGGAGCAGUACACAGCGCCAGAGAUGUACCUCAAGCUGCCCAUCACGUGCUCCGUGGACAUGUGGUCCCUGGGCUGCGUGGCUGCUGAGCUCGUGACUGGCCAUCACCUCUUCAAGAGAAAGUUGGAAUGUCACCAUCUGGAGAGGGUCAUCGAGGUAUGCUCGAGGUCUUUCUAGGUCAACAACAGCAACAACGAUUAGAAUCUGAAUGUGUGUUUAAUACUGGAGGAAUCCGAUAAGCCAUGAAGCUCUUUGU